GGAACGGGCGUUGACGCGCCGCCGAGGCGGCUAUCAGGGCCUGCCGGAAGCACGGCUCGGCCGCGCGCGGAUGUGAGCGCGGGGAGCGGCGGCCCCGCGGGCCAUGCCGGGCAGGAAGGGCUCCAAGGAGAAGAAGCGGCGCCGCUCGCAUUCCUGCUGCCCGGAGGGGGCCUCGGGGCCGGCCGGUGGCGAGAGGAAGUGGCGCAGCACCGAGUCCAGCCACGGCGCCCUGGAGGAAGCAAAAUGCAGUGCACCAUCUGGAGAAAAAGUGGAAGAGGCUGAACAACCCAGUGAUAUAGAAGAAGGAGGGUUAGAUCUCAGUGUGUCACUCAAACCUGUCAGUUUCUACAUCACGGACAAAAAAGAAAUGCUUCAACAGUGUUUCUGUGUCAUAGGAGAGAAAAAACUACAGAAGAUGCUGCCUGAUAUUUUAAAGGACUGUUCCAUGGAUGAAAUCAAAAGGCUUUGCUUGGAGCAGUUGGAGCUGUUAUCUGAAAAAAAACUGUUGAAGAUACUUGAAGGCAAGACUGGAGCUGAUUCAGAUACUGACGAAGAGGCAGAUGGAGGAGACAAGACUGGAGGUGAACCUGUCAGUCAACAGGACAACAGUGUAGACUCUACUUCUUCUCUCAGAGAAGACAAGCUGGAAGGUCAUGAUUCAAAACAAGGCAAGGGAGAAGACAGUGAUGUCCUGAGCAUAAAUGCAGAUGCAUAUGAUAGUGACAUAGAAGGCCCAUGCAAUGAAGAAGAUGGCCCAGAUGUGCAAGAAAACGCUGUCAAAAGUGGAGCCAGUCAGAUAGAUGACCUUCAGAAGGACAUUGAGAAAAGUGUGAAUGAGAUACUGGGGUUGGCAGAGUCCAGCCCAAAGGAGCCUAAAGCAACAACCUUAGCUGUUCCUUCAUCAGAAGAUGUUCAGCCAUCAGCACAGCAGCUGGAGCUUCUGGAGCUUGAGAUGAGGGCCAGAGCUAUUAAGGCUCUGAUGAAAGCUGGUGAUGUAAAAAAACAGCCCUGAGAUUUAUAAUUUUCUUUUUCUUGUUCCCUUUUUUCCCUUUCUCUUAUCCCCCUUUCCUUCAACCCCUUUUCUACCCUUUUUUCUUCUCUUUAUUGAUAGUCAAGUGUAUCAUCUUUAGUGGCAAGCUUCUUACAUAGUUCUUGAGGUAUGAUUGAUUUCUUCUAGAUUAAAGAGGAUUGUGAGUAAAAUGAUUGCAAAAUAGUGCAUUAUGAAUUUGAUUAUAAACUAAAACCUUCCGUAAAUACAGGUGAGAAAAUUACGGUGUGCGUUCACUAAAUGAUGGCAGUGACCCGAGUAAAUUUCACCUGACUGUUAAUCAGUUAUCCAUGGCAACAACAUUUUUGUAUUAUUUUUUAGCAAAUGGAGGAUCUAAGUUAGUGUGUAUAUAUCCAAUCAAAAGGUAACUGUCUCAGAAUAUGUGUGUUAUCUUCAUUAAUUUCAUUUAGCUGUUUGGUAAACUGGUGAUUUGAGUACAGAGAAAUAGAAGCAGGUAAUGAGACAAAGACUGCUGGCAAAACCUAGAUGUGCUGUCUUGUUAUUUGUAGUUAUACGCUAGUGGAAUUACGUUAGACUGCAAAAACAAGUUUUGCUGCUGCUAUACUUAGAUCCUUAAGGCACUGAAUACCUCAACUUUGCCUGUUGUGAAAAUGAAAAAGCUCACCUGCAAAGGGCAUUUACUUCCUAGUCCUACUGUGCAACCCUGUGUAUGUCAACUAGUAGGAAAACUUGUUCGUUAUUGUUUGCCUCUCUUUCAUAUCAAGGUUCAUUUGCAAGUUCUACAAUUGCCAUAUUGUUAAUGAGGCUUGUAAAAUCCCAAGCAAUAUGAAUAAACAAAAAUCAGUCCUUUACAUUGAAUAAAAAUGUACAAUACAGUAACAAUUGACUGUUAAGAGAAAUGUUUAUAGGCCUGUAUCUUUCCUUUUUUACUGGAACUCUCAACACCUGAGGUUUUAUCACCCACAGUGGUGAUUCCUUGCUGGCUGCAUACUCCUGCGUGGAUCCCAUAUAUUUAUGCCAACUACUGAACAGUGAAAGGUUAAUUCAUGCAGAAGCCAUGCCUUGAUAUAGGAAAUAACUUAAGAUGUCUUAGGAACACUGAACGUAAAUCAGAUUUAAUUCAGAAAUACGUUUCCUGUGCCACCAGAAGAACUGAUACAGUCAAAUGUACAAAGUUUACUCAGCGAUGUUGCAGAGUGAUACAUUUGGGCUUGUUUGACAACAAGGAAAUCCUGCUAGACAUCAGGAUAAACUAGAAUGUAAUUCUUUUCUACUGACUCCUUGCUGGAAGUUUACGGCAUUGGUUUCUACACUGAGCUUAAUUUUCCUAUUGGCUUUCCAGGUCACCUUUAAAAGUUCAUUUUGUAGUGUGUUGAACUGUCAAAGGUUAUUAUUUCAUGGUCUGUAUCAAGAAGUUGCAUAUGCUAACUUUAAUAUGUAGUGUGACAAAGAUGCAACAGAUUUACUAUGCAUAGGACUAAAGAUUUGUAAUUGCAGCCUAAUUAAAUUUGAGAUUAAAAGAGAAGAAAAAAAGCUGUUUACAAAAAUAUUUUUUAUAUAUAUAUAGCAUAGGAGAGACUUUGAUUACACAAGUGCUAUUUCAUUUUUAGGAUAUUGUACUAUUGCUGCUUAGGUUAAAGCAAAUCAGCUAAAUUGUCUGGGUUCCUGCAUUGAUUUAUAUCACUGCACAGUUUAAAAAAUUGAGUGUAUUUGAAGUGUUUAUUAUACAACUCUUUUGUUGUUCACUUUUAAAUAUUCCUUUGAUUUUUUUCUUGCAAAAUAAAUUUAAUAUUUCACAUGGAGGAAGAGGCAA